UAUGAGCUCUUACUACCCUCCUAUUUUUACUAUCGGUCCUCUUCAUCUACUCACCAAAUUCUUUAACAUAACCAAUGAAGAAGAACAAGAACAAGAACAAGAACAGCUGGGUGAAAAAUUCUUGUUCAAGUAGCUUGCGGCAAGAGGACCGUGCAUGCAUGACAUGGCUUGAUAAUCAACCUGAUAAAUCUGUCAUCUAUGUUAGCUUUGGCACUGUCGCCGUGAUGUCACCGGAGCAGUUUAUCGAGUUUUGGCAUGGUUUGGUUAACAGUGGCCACCGUUUUCUUUGGGCAGUGCGUGAAGAUAUGGUGGAGCGAAGAGAAGAAAUGGAAGUGACAAAAGAGAUGGAAGAGGGGGCCAAGAAAAGAGGUUGCAUGGUAGAGUGGGUGCCCCAAGAGGAGGUAUUAGCACACCGAGCUGUUGGAUGUUUCUUAACUCAUUGCGGAUGGAACUCAACAUUGGAGGGGAUGGUUGCUGGCGUGCCCAUGAUUUGUUGGCCAUAUUUUUCUGAUCAGAUGAUCAACAGUAGGUUUGUUAGUGAUGUUUGGAGAAUUGGGUUGGACAUGAAGGAUACUUGUGAUAGGAAUACUGUGGAGAGAAUGGUGAGGGAGGUUAUGGAAGGAGAGAAUGCUCUUGAAUUGAGAAGCUCUGCUGCAAGAAUGGCGGAUUUUGGCGAGAAAGAGCAUCGAGGAAAAAUGGGACUUCUCCAUGAACUAGCACUACGCUGUUCGAAUGGUGACUUGGAUCUCCUCUUGAUGCUGGAUCGACUAGACUCUUUUUGCAAUUUGGCUCAAACUAUCUACGCUUUUCCGAUGAUCGACACAGAAACUCUCUCGACAACAUCGAAAUUUGCUUCAACAAUUCAGAUAACUCUCGAUGAUCUGAAGGGAGUUCUAGUUUAUGAGUCUUGA